AUGGUUUCCGGAAAGCCGACGCUAUCUCAAAUAGCUAAGUUCACAUCUUUUGAUGAGAUCCAAAUCGCCAUGGCCCAUAUUUUCGCAGAUGCGCAAAUGACUUUAUCUGGACAUAGGAAAUUGGUGAUGCUCAUGAGAAAAACACAGAUCAAAGCAGUAGCAAUCGGGCUCGAAGACAUGUUUAAUCUUCAAUUCACGAAACUAGUAUCCAAAAUUCUCAAUCAAAAGAAAGGCGUGAGCUCUGCAGAUCGUACAGCAAAGUUCUGCUCGAACUUUGUCGCUACCUUGGCCAAAGAAGAAUCAGAGAAUCCAACCCCGCGUCAUCAAACCAAGAGUGCUGCUGAUUAUCUGCUCGAGGAGAGUAUUUCGUCUGAUUUCAUAGACAAUUUGAUCAGACACCUUUUACGUGGAAUAGAGUCUAGGUUGAGGGAAGUAAGAUACCGGGUUGUUCAGCUUCUCGCGUACUUAGUGAACUAUAUCACUGAAAUCGAUGAACAACUUUUUGUGGCACUCCAUUUCUCUCUCAAUCGUCGAUUGCAUGACAAGGAGUCUAUCGUGCGUAUCCAGGCCAUAGUUGCAAUAUCACGGUUCCAAAAUUUCGAUGAAAUUGAGGAAAAACAAAUAACGAAAGCUUCCGAUUCGCUCAUUGACGCGUUGAAUCACGAUGACUCCCCGGAGGUGAGGAGGGCUGCACUUUUAAACAUCGUUAAAACACCAACUACAACACCAGAGUUAUUCAAAAGAGCACGAGAUGUAAACGCUAUCAAUCGAAGGUUGGUAUUUUCUAGAAUUGCCAAGGAAAUGCCUUCUCUCCUGGAAUUGGAUUCUAAUCUUAGAGAUGAAAUUUUAAAGUGGGGCCUAAACGACCGCGAUGAGAGUGUUAAGCAGGCAGCUAUAUCAAUGUUGUCCAAACACUGGCUUGGUCAAUAUCAUGAUGACAUAUUAGAGUUUUUGGAAUCUAUGCACGUGGUUGAAAGUGAAGUUGCACACACGAUACUCGAACUAUUAUUUGAGCAUCGACCUGAUAAAUUUGACGAAGUUGAAAUUCCCUCCGAAAUUUGGAAAGAGCUAACUGCGGAGAAGGCGUUUUUUGUGCGAUACUUCUUCGACUUCUGUCAUCGUAAGAAAAUGUAUGAUAGAAUCGAGAAGUAUUUGCCUGAGUUGAUGAGACUUGCAUUUUUGGUUGAGCAAUAUUUCAAAUUGAGACAGUCGUUGCUUGAUGCAAACCUGGACCUCUCGAAGGAAUACUCGGAUCACGCUUUGAAGAAGGAUAAGUACAAUCGCUUAAUCAGCCGGGGUAUUGGAGAAAUCCGCGAUUGCAUGCGACAUCAUACCGAGUCGAUAGAUCAAAUUGAGUUGCAGUUGCAAGAUAUAAAAAGAGCACAAAGUCACCGCGUAAAUGAGCGAGACAAAUUCAUCGAGAACAGUUUUGAACUUGAGGAGAAAUAUCUUCCGUUGGGGGAGCAGUUAAGAGAUUUAAAUUUUGUGAUUGAACAAUUGUUGUCAAUUAUCAAGUCGAGUGAUUCUGCUGAUGUUGCAGGCAUGAGGAGACUCAUGCCUAUCAUCACAAAUGCCAUGACUGCUGCUGACUUGAAUGAUCGGAAUCUCAAACUCUGUGUCGAGAUCAUUCGUAUGGGCUCAGAUGAUGAAAAUUACUUCUCGCAAUUGUGUACCGAAAUUAUCACUGACAUUAGGGAUUCUGUUCUUGAUGAAAAUGAUGAGACUUUCGUUUCCGCUCAAAAUUUGUUUGGCGAUGACUCGAACAAUGAGGAUAAUGAGUCCGAGAAUGGAGAGCUUGAUGGUGCAAAUGGAGAGCUGAUACAUGAUAAAUCAAAUGAAUCUGACGAUAUUCUCAGCGAGUCAUCGAAAAGACGAAAGGUCACUCCUUUAGUACCACCUGAUCAUCUUAUGAUUCAGUGUUUGACCAUUUUGCAGCACUACCUCGAAAUUGCAGAAGAUACGCGUGCCAAUAGUCACCAACUUGAUACGUUGAUAGAUACGUUGAUUCGACCAGCACUCACAAAUAAUGAAAACAGCAUGAUUCGAAUGCUCGGAUAUCAAACUCUCGGUCUUUUCACCCUUAUCGAUGAGGGUUUAGGUGCUUCCAACUUGAAAUUUUUUGGGAUAAGCGCGUCCAAGGCGCACGAUGAAGACUUGAAGAUUCUUUGUAUGAAAACAAUCUUCGAUAUUCUUUCCACCCAUGGCGUUCGAAUAUUAGAUUCUGAAGGCGAAGAUGCGGUUGAUUCACUUUCUUUGGCUCGUUUGUUUUACAGCUUGCUCAAAUUGCAUGACAUGCCCAAAUUGCAAGCCACGGUUGCUGAAGGUCUUUGCAAGCUUUUCCUUGCUGAUUUACUAAUUGAUUUUGGGAAAGUGCAGUCAGCCGAUAAUGAUGAAGAAGAAAUCCUGCAAGAAGCUCACUUGCUAGAGCUCCUUUUAUUGUCUUUUUUUCACCCGUUGAACGCUGAGAAUCAGGAGUUGAGACAAACACUUGCAUUCUGCAUCCCAGUAUAUUGUUUUAGCCAUGAGAAACAUCAGCUCAAAAUCAGCUCGAUUACUGUGGAAUGCUUCUACCGCAUUUUUAAGACAGGAAGCGAAUUCGAGAAAUUCGGAUCCUCCCUUUCGCCGACAAACGUUCUUCAGCAACUCAUUUACUGGUGCGAUCCUGGAAAUGUUGUCAACAUUACUUCGGAUGCGUUACAAAAAAGUAUGUCUCACUUUUGGCAGGCAAUGAAAUUACUUCAGGUCAUCGAGCAAGAUACUUCCAAAAAUAUAAAGAAAGCCGUUCUACAAAAUUUACACAGGCUUUCUUUAUCCGAGCACCUCGGGGCUGAAGUCUUGCGAGGGCUACUAAAUGCGAUCGAUGACACGAAACAAUUGAUUAACGGAAACCAAGACAAAUCGGAGUUUGUUUUGGACGCAGCUUCGGAACGUGCUCUCGAGAAAUUCUAUGUCUAUGUUGAUGGUUUGCUUCAAAAGGCAGAGAAUUUGCCGCAAGAAAAUGAAAGUGCACGAUCGAGAGCACUGUCUAUCCUCGGUGAGGCAGGACCCGCGUUGGAAAACGCGGCCAACUCCCACCACGGAGUUGAUCUGCAAGCCGCCUCAACUCUUGAAACUGAUAGAACGCCUGUCAACAACGUCGCAAAUCUGGUCGAAACAGACCUAGCUGCCAUUGAUAAAAUGCUUCGAGAAGACGAUGAAAUUGAAUAUGAUUUGGAUGCGUAA